UCGCAUUGAAGAGAAUGGCUGCAGCAGUGGCAUUGGUUGUAUCAGUCUUGGCCUUGUCAGCCAUGGCUAAAGCAGGUUCCCCAAUUGUUCAGUACAUCUUUGGGGACUCCCUGACUGAAGUUGGGAACAAUAACUACCUUGCAUCUCUAGCCAAGGCAAACUAUCCAUGGUAUGGCAUCGACUACCCAAGUGGGAUAACAGGCAGAUUCACCAAUGGCAGAACAAUUGGCGACAUUUUAUCUGAAAAACUGGGUGUUCCAUCUCCUCCUGCUUACCUCUCAUUAUCCCAAAACGAUGAUGCGAUACUUCAAGGGGUGAAUUAUGCGUCUGGAGGAUCUGGCAUUCUCAAUCAGACCGGGGUUUACUUUGUUCAGUGUUUGUCAUUCCAUCAACAGAUAGAUUACUUUGAGGCCACGAAAAAUGCUAUCAAGGGAAAAAUCGGCGAACAAGCAGCUGAGAAGUUGGUCAACAAUGCUAUCUUUUACAUAGGAGUGGGAAGCAACGACUUUGUGAACAAUUUCCUGCAGCCCUUCAUGCCUGAUGCGCAGCAGUAUGAUUCAGAUACGUUCAUAGACUACCUCAUGUCCACCUUAGAUGGACAACUCACGAGGCUUCACAGUCUAGGAGCUCGGAAGAUUGUCUAUAACGGCCUAGGUCCGAUGGGCUGCAUUCCCUCACAGAGGGUGAGAACUUCAACAGGAGAAUGCUUGGAAAGUGUCAACAGUUUGGCCCUCAAGUUCAACAGCGCACUCAAGGCCAAGACAAAGGAGCUCAACAGCCGCUUACCUGACGCCGACUUCACGGUUGCUGAUAUCUACUCAAUAGUGUUGGAUUUAAUUAUGAAUCCUGCUACCUAUGGCUUCAAAUAUGCAAACACAUCUUGCUGCAAUGUGGACGGCACGUUAGGAGGCCUCUGCCUACCCAACACCAGACUCUGCAGUAGUAGACAUGAUUACGUCUUCUGGGACGCCUACCACCCAAGCGACGCAGCCAACGUUGUGAUUGCAGAGAAGCUUUUCAACGACCCGGAUCUGCAAAUCGGAGCCAGAGCUAACGGUUACUCGGCUCCUCCCAGUCCAAAACCACAGCGCAAAUAUAGAAAAGCGCCUCCCCGAAUGCCAUGAAAGAUUCAAGUCAGUUCUAACAAAAGAGCUGGUGUCUGCAGAUAAUUAAUCCCUGAAGUGUGCCGUUUGUUGGAGGUGAUGCGUGGUUUUGUGGUGAUUUUACGGGUUGGGUUGUUUUACCAAGUUGUUGCGGUCACCCAAGGCCUUGUAGACUGUCAAUUGUUCCUUCCCAAAAUUGGUUUGUGAAAAAUAAAAAUUAUGUUUGAGAGGGUUGCCUUAGAUGGAACUGCGAAUUCUAUUGUCCAGUGAAGCGACUCUCCGUUCUCCAUUGAUGCCUCGAAGAUGCAUAAAAUAUCAGGUAACUUUCUCAUGAGUCAUGUUCCCCUGAGGCUUCAAGGGCAAAAGAGAAAAGCACAAUCUCGAAAAUAUCAUCCUAUUGUAAAAGGAUCAACGCAGCUAAACCAUUAUGAAACUUAGACAAAGGCUUUGAUCGAAUUAAACUUUUUUUAAUUGUCAUAUCAAUGUUAUGGAGAUUCCUCUCAACUUUCAAGCCCUCUCCAUAUAUUCCUCGCAAGAACACUGUAUACAUGGUCUAAGGAGGAAGCCAUUUUAUUUUAUAAUACAUAGCAGAAACACAGAAAGAUGGGUGAAUUACAAAAUGUGUUGCUUUUCUUCGAACAACGCGAAUUAAAAGACAAGGGGAAAAAACAAAACCCGGCUACCAAAACAAAACUUCAGCGACAUUGGAAAUCAUUCCGCAAGUUAAAUCCUCAGCGCCAAUUAGAGAAUCCCUAACCAAAUUUACGAUUUCUAUCCAGUAAUAAGGAAGCAAAAUUUAGCGAAACCACGUAAGAAGAUUAGAAGCAGAAAAUGAUUUCUAAAACCGAGACGAAACUGAGGGUCGAAAUGGUCUAAGAUAGCAUUGGACCUGAAAUGUGAAACAGCCAACUUGUUAACCAAAAAUAUUACGCGGUAAAUAAUCGUGGUUCUGAAACAGAUGAAGGUAGAGAUAAGGUGAACAAAGAGGAAAAAUGGGAAAAAAUAAGAAGGGAGAUCGAGCUCUCAGAUAAUGGCCAAAGUUUUCCACACAAGAGUUAUUAUGAGAGAACGCCCAAAAGAUCGGCCAAUAUCCGUCUAGCCAGAGCCAUCACCGUUUCCUUAAAAGAAAGAUCGGACAGAGCGAUCUUGCCGCUAAGAAAACCGAUCAUCUGGACGCCAGAAAGACCGAAAUCUGCCCAUCUUCCAGAACGAUGCUCCCAUCAACCCCUAUUCAGUGUGGUUAAAGCAAAAAUAGUCAUCACAGAGCCCGUACCCACAGGAAGAGACAAACUGAAAUACAAUGAAAAGACCAUCCGAGAAAAGGACUCAAAAGGUAAAAAAUAGAAGAAAUGGCAGAAGGCGAAAAUGGUCGAAAUGUAGAACCCACGA